UGAUAUGUGUUAGGUCUAUAUGUGUUUGUGUUGUUUCGGGAAUGUGAAAAUGAACUUCUACCUCCUAUGUCAGCUCUAGCCACUGAAAAGAAAUAAGCAGAGAAAUUAGGUCAGUUGGAAAAGCUGAUCAGUGUGACGUGGAACUGAUCGAGCUCAUUAUUAUUCAUGAGCUCUCCCACUUGAGACCGCGCCCACAAAUUUCGUUCAGCUCUGUGAGUUUUCUAUACCGCAAGGAUGGCUGAACGUCAACGUGCUUGUGCCCUAUGCAGGAAUAGAGGUUCAACUAUGCACAUGUUGCCCAAGAACCCAGAUUUAAGAAUUAAAUGGCUUCAGUUCAUUUUUGGAACAAUGCCAAAACAGGAUCAUUCCAAUGUAUUUAUAUGUUCAUCACAUUUCGAAGAGAGUGACUUAAUCUACUUCGGGGAGUACAGCAAAGGCUUCACGACACGGUUGCGGUUGAAGCCUGGAGCAGUACCAUCGCGGCAGUGUACGGCCAGUGUCCAGCCUGUAAGUAAAACAAUUAUCUCAAGGAAAUGCUAUAUUAUACAGGUUUAAUGCACUCGCUUGCCUAGCAGGUUUUAUGUUGAUUUGGACUAUUCUAGCACUCGCUAGCCAAGCUAAGUUCAUCCGAUAAAGCUAUAAAUUAGUUGAUAACAGGUGUUGCCAAGCUGUAAUGUUACUAAUGACGCAAAGCAAAUUUUUUGCGAAUGAUAUUAUGAAUUAAAAAAAAUUCAGCACAAUAGUACAUCCUUGGCUAAGCACUGACGUGAUUUACGAGACGCUGUUGCAAGUCAUGAUUACCUCAAUGUAAAUAACAUAGCUAUUCAGCGAUUUUGUCGUUCUUAACAAACACAAUUAAGUUGGUUAAUCAAGAGUAAACCCUAAUUUGAACAAGGAUCUCAUGCAUGUUUUUAUUGCAUUUAGAGUUACAUCCAUGUAAGUUUUUUGGUCAGAUUGUUUUUCACCACUUUUAGAUUUCAGGACACGAUUUGCUUUGCUUUAUUAGUUGUUCUCUGCUAACAUCGUCGUGUCGUGUCUUAUGCCACAGAGCACAUCGGGGACAUCUUUCAGCCAUGCCUUUUCACAAACAGACCCACCUAGUCUGUCAUCUCGGGGGACUCAGCUAUCAAUGGGUACUCUACGACAUCAUGUCAAAAGCAGAGGAACACAAACUACUGGCUGUUGUGAAAGUGUGAACAUUGGCACAACCACAUCAGAUGCACCUUGGGGACCUCUGACCUCCACGCCAAUCAAGGUUGCACAUCCAAGGCCAGCUUAAAGAAUCCGGUUAGAAGAAGAGGAGGAAUAUGACACCAGUCAUUCAACAAUUAUCCCAGAACCACACGACUCAACAUAUGACCCAGCUAACUCUAUGACAGAUGUCACUGAUGUGACAGACAUGACAGAUUCAUCACAGCUUUUUGACAGAACUAGAUCUGGCUACAAAGACUCAAAGUUCAUUGUUUUUGAGAAGUGCCUACUGGAGCUUUUUGAAACCUGUCCCAUAUGUAAACGGGUAUCUGAUGUGAGGCCACGCAGACGCGGCACCUUUUUGGCAGUUGACCAGAUUUGUCAUCACUGCAAUUUUUUUCGACAGUGGAAAAGCCAACCUGUGAUUGGGAGCUGCCCCACUGGAAACCUUCAACUGUCAGCAGCCAUAUAUUUCACUGGCACUUCAUUUUUCCAGUUACAAAAGGUAUUUAAAGCCAUGCACCUGAAAAGCAUUGGACACUCCACAUUCAGACGGCAUGCUAGAAGUUACUUGGAGCCUGCCGUGAUCCACAAAUGGCAUGCGUUCCAGGAAUCUGAAUUUGAGCACCUGAGGCAGAGACCAGUCAAAAUUGGUGGAGACAUGAGGGCAGACUCACCAGGCCACUCAGCAAAAUACGGUAGCUACAGUCUGAUGAACCUGGAAAACAACAACAUCAUUGACAUUCAACUUGUGCAGAGCAAUGAGGUUGGCGGGAGUCACAAUAUGGAAAAAGAGGGGCUACAAAGAAGUCUCUCGCUUCUUGAAUCCAAAGGUGUGGCUAUUGAGUACAUCGUCACGGAUCGUCAUCCUCAAAUACAAAAAUUUCUUAGAGAGCGCAGCACACAGCACUUCUAUGACGUCUGGCACUUUGAAAAGGGUCUGUCUAAGAAACUGGACAAAAUUUCCAAAGACAAGGACUGUGCAGUUGUGAAGAAGUGGCAGCGUGGCAUCAGAAACCAUGUUUAUUGGUGUGCAACCUCAUCAUCCACAGGGACAGAGAAGGUUGCAAAAUGGACAUCGGUUGUGAACCACAUCCAAAACAAACACACCCACGACAAUCCUGCUUUUCCAAAGUGUCUGCAUCCAGUUCGCCAGACAAAAGAUCAUAAAAAAUGGUUUCAACCAGGUUCCAAAGCCCUCUUCAAAGUUGAGAAGCUGUUGUCAAAUAAGAGGGUCCUUACUGAUGUGGAGAAGUUGAGCUCCAAGUACCAGACCUCAACAUUGGAGGCCUUCCACAAUAUUGUUAUACGCUUCACUCCAAAAAAUGUUGUAUUUCCAUACAUUGGCAUGUUGUGCAGGUUGUACCUGGCAGCCAUGCAUUUUAACGAAAAUGCAGGGCGUACCCAGGCCAGAACAACAUCAGGGAAACUAAGAUACAAGGUGUUAUUUCCUAAGGCCAAAAAGGGAGCACACACCGUGAAGGCAAUGAAAACACAGGCCACAUACUGUUACAUCUUCAACAUGAUGGCAUUGCUUUUCGAGGACAUAGUGCCCAACAACCAGCCAUAUGUGGAGGAGUUGCAGAAAGUUCCAGUCCCUGAUACUCUGGCAUCACAAUAUGAGCAUCCUCCCCUUGAAGAAGCCAUUGCUGCCUACGUAUCUCGGUUCAGACAAGGGGAGGUCUAAAUCCAACAUACUGGCCUGCAGCGUCUGGGAACUCCCUACGGAUACGCUGGACCACACAGGACGGAAUGACCACACGAACCUUUCUCCCCAAAUAGCCCCAGCACCAGCUGACAAAAGUUCGGUAUGCUAGGUGCCUGCAACGCCUGCCAAAAAGCAGAGGACAUUGUCUUUGUAAAUAUGUUCAUUGGAGAGAAUCACUACACUGAGCGUGGUUUUGAACUAUAUUAUUUGUUUUUGUAUAAAAUAAUAAAUAUAUCUU